GAGACGUUUCGAAAUUCAGGAACAACUCGACCACUCGCUGCCCCGCCUCUGUACUCUCCUGUUCCGCCGACCUCAAUCAACAUCCUCCUCGUCGCCGCCGUCUCCGGUCCACCGCGCUGUCCCGUCAGCCAUGGAGGAGUACCUGGAGAACAUGAGGUCUCUCCGCUCCUAUAUGAACGAUCUGGAGGACGCCGCCGCGAAGCGGUCCGCGGAAGAGCAGCAGCAGCGCACAGCCAUCGAAGCCCACGACGCUGACAUUGCGCUAGUGAGGGCGCAGGCAAAGCAGGCGAGCGAGGUGGCCGGGAAGCUGGCCGCAGCAAGGGCGCAGGUACGCGUGGAUAUGGCCGAGAAGCAGAGCAGGAUCGCCACGCUAGAUGUCGAGUGCGCCACGCUGAAGCAGACCUUGGAGCUCCUCCAUCAGGAAAUUGCGAGUACAUCUGCCAAUCUCAAUGAGAAAAGACUGUUCUACAGAAAGACAACAGAAACCAUGAUUGUCAAACUACAGGAGCAACAGGAAUGGCUUGGUUCAUUGAAGAAUAAGAGUACUACAAUAAAGCCACAUGUUACCACAUCUCAGAGCAACCGAACUUUCAUUGAAGGGGAGAGAGAUGGAACCUUUAACUCAGAAGGCAGCCUGGAUAAGUUGGGCGUUUCUGAACCUGUUAAAUGUCGUCGUGGACUGGAUGACAAGGUAGAACUGGGUGGCGAAGCCAUGGAUCUAAGCUAAACUCUUGCGUCAAAAGACAACAGUAACACUUUGUUCUCGACAUGUAUAUGCGUGAACGUAGAGCAGAUUUUGGCAACUUGUACAGUAGUAAACAUGGAAGACUACCACAGCGAUUACCAAACUUAAGAGAAACCUGCAAAUGAUAGGAACGUUAGCUUAUUAUCUUUGAAACACAAAGAUUCCUGUUGCAAGGGCACGAAGUACCUGGAGCUUCAUUAGACCCUACAAUACCAUAGUUUUCAUCAUCUUUUCGCCA